AUGAAUUUAUUCACUAUCGUCGGUAUUGUGUGUUUACAAUCACUUUGUUAUUGUAUCAUUGAUUCUAUUAAUACAUAUAUUAAUCCAUCUCAAUUAUCAUCUAAAAUAAAUUGUACUGAAUUAUAUGACGAAAACAAGAUAUAUCAAUUUUAUAGAAAUAAUACUCAAUGUGAUAAUGGAACAUGUUCACAAAUAGACAAUAAAACUUUAUUACAUGAAGUAAAACCUAAAACAGAAGAAAGUGAUGUUGUUUAUCGAAGAAAUAUUGCUCAUAGUAUUCCAGCAGUUGUGAUGAGUUCGAUAAUGGGUGUACUAAUACCAUUUCUUGGAAAACGAUUCGUACUCAUCUUACCUUUGGUAGGUAUUAUAAUCCAAAUGAUCAUUGCGUUAGCAAUUAUUUAUUUGAAACUCGAUAUCUAUUGGUGGUAUCUAAGUGCUUUUAUGUUAGGUUUUUUGGGGAAUAUCGGCCUUAUAGACUAUGUUAUUAAUUUAAUUAUUGUUGAUUUAACAAAUCCAAGUAAUCGAUCAUUAUGGUUUGUGCGAUUUUAUGCAUUAAAAAGUGUAUUAACAGGCUUGAUUACAUUUCUUAUUACUAUUUUUGUACGACAUCAUGGUUAUUUUAUAUUAUUUUGGUUAGCUUUAGUCUUGUUAUUGAUUUCUGUUGGUAUUGUACUUUAUUGUUUUGAUUUAAGUUUGUAUAACUAUACAAAUAGGAAUAUGCAUACACGAGUUGUUUUAACCUUUGAUAUACUUACAAUUUUUUAUGGAGACCGGCGUUCUCGCAAACAAAAACUAGCUAUAUUUUUAGUUUUAUUUGCUUAUGCAUUCUAUGCUUUGGCUACAUCUGCAGAAUCAACAUUUAUCUUUGCACUUGCUAAUAAUCCAAUAUCUUGGCCAGUGUAUAUGAUUGAUCUCUACCUGUUUGUAAUACGAGUUAGUAUUGGAAUUUUCAGUUUACUUGGUUAUCAUUUAUUUCGUUUAAUUAUACUUAACGAUAUACUAAUUUGUGCAAUUAGUCAUGUUUUCUUUAUAGUAUCCGUUAUCUGGGCAAUAUUUGCACAACAUUAUUGGCAAGUGUUUGCCAAUAGUAUAUUUUAUAGUUUUGCUCAUUAUCAAAAUCCAUUAACUUUAGCAAUUCUAGCUAAAUAUUUGAGACCUGAUGAAGUGAAUAUUGCAUAUAUAUUUAUUAUUAUUAUCAAUCAAUUCAUUACAUCCUUCGGUAAUUCAAUUUUUCGAUGGAUUUAUACAAUGACUAUGAUGAGUCAUAGAAAUAUGGGAUUGUAUUUAAUGGGUGGAUUUUGUAUAAUUCCAUUACUUUCGAAUAUUUGGCUGUAUUGGAUCAAACGACGCCUGGCCAACCAAUCAUCAUCAUCAUCAUCAGUAGUAAAAGAAACAUCUGCCUCAUUAGUUCAUGCUGAUGAUGAUUUAGAUUAUUCUACAAAUGAAGAUGAAAGUUCUAAUCAAUCGCAAACUACUAACAAUGAUGGUUCAUCCGCCUCUAUACCUUUGUUUACUAUCGGAAAUAUGACUCUUAUUGCUAAUAUUGGAUCACCAGUUCCAUCCACAAAUCAAUCAACAUCUACCACUAAAAUAUCUCAAAAUGAUGCAAGUGUACAAACUGAUGAUGAUCUAAUCUGGCUCUAA